CGCAGUGAACAUGGCAUUAGUGCACGCUGUGUGGAAACUGAGGAGAGGAGGCAGAAACAUGCGCUCUGCGGAGCUCGAGCUCUCUUUACUCUCCUCCACUGUGUUUGGGCAUGCUGAGGGAUGGAUUCAGGAGUCUGGAGUGUGCGCGGGGUUUGUGAUGAUUAAGUGAUGAGAGAGUGAAGAUGAGCUGAAGGAGCUGCAGGAAGGACACUGCUGUCAUUCACUGCGGUCAGGAGCGCGUCUGGAGAAAGGCGCUUUGCUGGGGACAUGGCUUACAUGCACUUUCUGCUUAAUAUGAGGAUUUAUACACGGACCUUCAUAGCACUGGCUUUUAUUUUCAGUCUGGGAUUCCAUAAGAGCACACAGCUGAGCUCGACACAGCCACACACAGCUCAUCGUGGAGAUGAUAAGACAACUGCUGCUGCUGCUGCUGCUGCUGCAUCCUCACUACUGGAGUCCCUCCGUUUACCUUCCAACACAGAGUAUGAAAUUGUGGCUCCAUAUGAGGUGGACCAUAAAGGCCAGUACAUAUCCCAUGCUGUGGCUCACCAUCAUCGCAGGAGACGCUCGUUGGAUGGCCAGGGGACUGACCUAACCGCCACCGCUCAUUUUAGGCUUCAUGGACUGGGCCAGAAUUUCCACCUGGAGCUGCUUCCCUCCAGUAGUCUGGUUGCCUCUGGAUUUACAGUCCAAAUUCUUGGGAGAAAUGGCACCAGGAGUCUCCAGCCAUUGGCAAAAGAUGAUUUUUGCUUCUACCAAGGGUCACUCAGGUCAAUGGCCAACUCUUCUGUGGCAUUGUCAACAUGUGCAGGGAUGUCAGGCUUGAUCCGGACACAAGAGGCUGAUUACUUUCUGAGGCCGCUGCUUCAACAUCACCUGCAAACGGAGAACUACACAGCACCAGCACACCACCAACCUCACAUCCUCUACAAGAGACACACACUGACACACACAGCCAGAGAAAGAACCACAGAUUCUAAAGAGCUUCAGGAACCCAGCAGAAAAGACGAGGAGGCUGCUGAACUGCAGAGUAACAGCAGAAGAUACAGACGUUCUACAAACAUACAGACAGACCCGAGCGACCACCGGCAGCAGCUUCACCAUCACCAUCACGACUAUCAGCACGGCACUCAGCAGAGGCAGCACUACUGUGGAAGAAGGAAGAAAUAUAUGCCCAAGCCGCCUGAAGAGGACAUCUAUAUCCUACCUGAUGAGUACAAAUUCCUACCCAGAGGCAAGCGGGCAGUGAUGUCUCAGAGCACUCAGAAUCAUAAGCUGAAUGUGGAGACGCUGGUGGUGGUGGAUCGGAAGAUGAUGGAUAAUCACGGCCACGAAAACAUAACCACAUACGUCCUGACUGUGCUUAACAUGGUCUCCACCCUUUUCAAGGAUGGAACGAUAGGAGGGGAUAUCAAUGUAGUGAUCGUUGGCCUGAUACUGCUGCAUGAAGACCAGGACGGCUUGGUUGUCAGCCACCAUGCGGAUCACACUCUAAACAGCUUCUGUCAGUGGCAGUCGGGUUUGGCGGGUCGCAAAGGCCGUCGCCAUGACCAUGCUAUUCUCCUCACAGGGUUGGACAUCUGCUCGUGGAAGAAUGAGCCCUGUGAUACUCUGGGCUUUGCUCCCAUCAGCGGUAUGUGCAGCAAGUACCGUAGCUGCACGAUCAAUGAGGACACGGGCCUGGGCUUAGCCUUCACAAUCGCUCACGAGUCUGGCCACAAUUUUGGAAUGGUCCAUGAUGGUGAGGGGAAUGUGUGUAAGAAGUCUCUUGGCAACAUCAUGUCCCCCACACUGGCCGGCCACAAUGGUCUCUUCUCUUGGUCGUCCUGCAGCCGACAGUACCUCAGUCGCUUCCUUAGCACGGCCCAGGCCACCUGCCUGUCAGAUGAACCCAAAGCAGUGGAGGAGUACAAAUACCCAGAAAAGCUUCCCGGAGAGCUGUACGACACCGACACACAGUGCAAGUGGCAGUUCGGAGAGAAGGCCAAGCUCUGCACACUGGACUUUAAGAAGGACAUCUGUAAAGCCCUGUGGUGCCACCGGGUCGGCCGAAAAUGCGAGACCAAGUUUAUGCCAGCUGCUGAGGGCUCUGUAUGUGGGCCAGAGAUGUGGUGCCGUCGUGGGCAGUGUGUGAAGCAGGGAGACGAUGGUCCGCACCCAGUGCAUGGUCAGUGGUCCUCCUGGUCCAGCUGGUCUGACUGUUCCAGGACCUGUGAGAGUGGAGUAACAUACAGAGAGAGACACUGCAACAACCCCAAGCCGGCCUAUGGGGGCAGGUUCUGUGAGGGCCCGUCUCGCACCUAUAAGCUGUGUAACACAGAAGACUGUCCGCAGAACGCUGUGAACUUCAGAGAUGCCCAGUGUGCAGAGUUCAACAGCAAGCCCUUCCGUGGCUGGUACUACAGCUGGAAGCCCUACACACGAGUAGACGAUCAGGAUGUGUGUAAGCUCUACUGCUUUGCCGAAGGCUACGAUUUCUUCUUUGCCCUCUCCAGCAAAGUCCGGGAUGGAACACCCUGUACCCAAGACAGCUCAAAUGUUUGUAUUGACGGCAUAUGUGAGAGGGUGGGCUGUGACCGGGUGCUGGGGUCUACAGCAGUGCCAGACAUGUGUGGCGUCUGCAAUGGCAACAACUCUACCUGCAAAAUCUACAAAGGGCAGUACACCAAACAGCACCAAGCAAAUCAGUAUUAUGGAGUGGUUACUAUCCCGUCAGGAGCUCGCAGCAUUCGUGUUGUAGAGCUAAACACCUCCAGUUCCUACCUGGCUUUGCGGAACAGCCACAAGAAGUACUUUCUUAACGGCCGCUGGAUGGUGGACUGGCCAGGCAGGCACUCUAUUGCUGGGACUGUGUUCGACUACAAGAGACCCUACAAUCGUCCAGAGAGCCUGACCUGCACAGGACCCACCAACGAGACCCUGGUGGUGGAGAUUCUCCUGCAGGGUGUUAACCCAGGCGUACGGUGGGAGUACAGCCUCAGCAAGGCUGAGGUCGCAAAGGAAACCCAGACCAAACACAGCUACACCUGGGCCGUCGUCCGCUCUCAGUGCUCUGCCACUUGUGCCAGAGGUGAGAUGAAUGUGAAGGCAGCAUGUUAUAAAGAUUUCAGAGUGCAGGUGAAUACCUCCUACUGUAAUCCACGCUCACGACCCAGAACCGGCAUAGUGCCCUGUAACACUCAGCCCUGCCCUCCCAGCUGGAGCCUUGGAGACUGGAGUGUGUGUAGUCGCACCUGUGGGUCAGGAGAGCAGAGUAGGCAGGUGCAGUGUGUCCAGAAAAGCAGCUCCAGUCAGAAUGACGUUGUGGCCGAUGUCCAGUGCGCACAACCCCCUCCGUCCCGCAGGCAGCCCUGCAACAUACACACCUGCCCACCAGCAUGGAGCACAGGACCGUGGUCUCAGUGCUCUCGUAAGUGUGGUAAGGGUGUAAGGAAGAGGACAGUGGAGUGUGUGAGCAGUACUCCAGGAUCCCGCACGCUGCCGGACAGCUUGUGUGUGCUCCUGCCCAAACCUCACAGCCAGGAGAGCUGCAUGCUCAAACGCUGUCCCAAACAGCACAAAGCCCAGUGGACCGUCUCCAGCUGGCAGCAGUGUUCAGUAACGUGUGGUAAAGGUACUCAGGUGCGGUUUGUGAAGUGUGUGGAGAAAGACGCUGCUGGGAAAUUCAGGGAUCUGGCCUCGAAGAAGUGUCAGCAUAUGCCCAAACCCUCAGACGAGCUUCAGAAAGUGUGUGUCCAGCCAGACUGCCCCAGCAUCCACCGUAUUCACAGGCCAGACUGGUACACCUCACCCUGGUCACAGUGCACAGUGUCGUGUGGUGGAGGCAUCCAGGUGCGCUCUGUUCAGUGCCUUGUACUCGGCCGUCCAUCGACAGGCUGUUCCCCUCAGCUGAAGCCAGCUGUGUCUCAGGCCUGCAGCACAACCUUCUGUCCACAGCAGCAAAAUCAAGAAUCUGUCUGUAAGGAUUCUUUCAGCUGGUGUUACCUGGUGCCCCAGCAUGGAGUGUGCAAUCACAAGUUUUAUGGGAAGCAGUGCUGCAGAUCCUGCUCACAUCCAAAUUUAUGAUGGACGUUUGCAAGCUGCUGGAACUGUGCAGUGGAGGCAGCGGCUUAAGCAUGUGAGACUGCAGGCAGAUGAGGAUCACAGCAGUGUUUUCUAGUGACUGGAAGCCGACAAGAUGGCGUGCAAGUGUGAAAGUGUGUAUGUGUGUGUGCGUGUUCCACUUUGGUUUGAGCCGCUCAGCUCUGUCGCCUUCUGUUGAAAGGCGGGUGUGAAGAUGUUUACUGAAACCCAUGGAGGAGAGAGAACUCUGAGCUCCAUCUGAAGGAGCUGAAGGAGUAUUGGCUUUCAGAACAACCUGUGGACUCACAGAUCUGGAGAGAUGAGCAUGAAGGGCCUGGUUGUGCAGCUGCACCUGCUUGGGGAUUAGGGUCGGACCCCGUGAGCUCGGUGAAGCAGCCUGAGAUCUGUUUGGAUCAGCUGAUGAAGCACAUAUCGGACAUUAAACUGUUUUUAAAAAGAGGAGGAGAGAUGUUUUUCAGGAAUGUUCUUCCCUGUGUUAGCCUAAACUUACUUAAUUCUACUGCUUUUCACUGCUUUGCUCUCUCAUCACUUCUCUUUGUUUUCUUUACCUCUUCCAUUCUGCUAGUCUUCUUUAUUUGGCACCUUUACUUUCUUAAUUCAUGUUUUGGUCCACUUAAUUUUCUUUAGGAAUAUACAUUCAUUUCUGCCCUUCAGGUCUGCAGCACAUUCUAAAUUAUUUGGGAUGGUAAACAUUAAUUUUUUUUUAAUCUUGCCAUUCCUUCUAUUAACACUUAAAAUACAUUUUAUGUGUUAUUUUGUCCUGUACGAGACCUAAUUGUCAUAUUUUUGUCCACACAAUCUAAACUGCAGGCAGGCCAGUCAAGUUCCUGUAUCCUUGUUUACCAUAGACCUGACUGUAAUGUGUGCAGCAUGACACAACCCCAUAGCAUUACGGACUCUAGUUUUGAAAUGUGUUGCAGGCCUGACAUGGAGGAAUGUACAUUUAUUAACAAAUAAAAUGACCAUAUUUUUCGCACUAUAAGUCGCACUUAAAAUCCUUACAUUUUUCCAAAAAUCGACAGUGUGCCUUAUGUAUGAAUUCUACCAGUCAUGUAGUAAGAAGCAGUAAAGCCACUCCAGUGAAAUAAAGAAUUAUACAGGAGUUUCACUGAAGUUUUUCUCCAGCUCUGAGGCUGAAGCAGUAUUAGCAUUAACUGCUAACCGCAGCGUUAGCUCCUUGGCUGUUCAGAGGUGAGUAUAUUGGACUGUAGCCUGCAUGUUUACCAUGCUAAAACAAGCAAAGUGGGACGAACCACUAGUUGAUAGCGCCCUGGCUUACCAGAACAGUAUUCCUCAGUGUAGCACUGUCAGCGGUAAGCACUGUUGCUAACUGCGCUGUUGAAAAUAUUGAAAAUGUAAACUUACUGUGAAAAAACAGAAGUCAUUUACCCACCCAAAUAAACAGUUUUUAAGAGAGAAAUCUGUGUAGAUUAACAUCCAACGCUCAUUUUUAAAGAAUUAAGGUUUUGUUAACUUAGAUGCUUUCCCAUUAAAAGAGAAACAUGGCGACACCCCUGUUCCUUACUAUUGUUGCUUAAAAUGUGCCCUCUAUUGUUGCUUAAAGUGCACCCUCUAUAUGAAAAUAGACCAGAAAAUAGAUGUUCAAUAAUAGUGUGCCUUAUAAUAUGGUGUGCCUUUAAAUAAAAAAUGUUAAGCUAACCAGACAAAUGAUGAAAUAUCUUGGGUUCACACUGUCUGCAAUCAAAUAAAUGACAAAAUAAAAGUAAGAAACACUGAUUUUUUUUUUCAUACUCUUCUAUUUUUCUAUUAUUUCCUGUAUUUUCUUUGUAGGUUUAAUUACUCUCUGCCUGUUUCUUUGGUGUUCUUGCUUUGCAGGUUGUGUUGAGCUGAGGGCAGCUGCGUGUGUGAUGGCUCUUAUACAGACAGUAUUUUUUUCAUGGUGCUACACAUUUCCUCUGACACUUAACAAAAGGGGCUUGGGAGCCUCUUAAGUGUGUUGAAUUAACAGAAAAAAACUGAACUGAGUGAAUCAUUGUUUAGAACUUUGAAACUGAUCCACUUAUUUAUUAACAGCACUCUCCUGUUACUCUGAAUGUUAAUGAUGUGCUUAUCAUUUUGGCAUGUAUCUGUCAAACUGAAUUCAGGGUUAUCCCCUCAUAAAGACACUUGUUAUUAUUUUUGUAUGUAUUGUAUAGUAUUAUAUGGUUACGCCUUUGCAUUAAAUGUACAAUAAUAAGUAUUUGAUGUAUUUUUUGUCAGUUGUAUUACUUUACACAGUGGUGUAAAUUGAGCUUUUUUGUAUCAGCCUGAGAAACUUUAAAGACCAAACACAGCAUUGUAAUUAUUGAAAAGCUCAAUAUGAUCUUGUAUGGUUAGAAAUGUAGCUCAGUGGAUGCAAAUCUACAUUAAU